AUGGCGGUUGUCGACGAAACCAGCGCCGCCCAAAGCCGCCAAAGCCAUGACAACGAAAAAAGCUUAGGCACCACUGCAAGUCCCCCGGCAAACCGGAACGAUUUGGAGUCGUCGGACGGCCAUACGAAGGGAGACACCGCUCCUGAUGGCAAGGAUGCGGAACCAAAGCGGACAGUUACGGGCCUAAAGUGGUUCAUCAUUUUCACUUCGUUGAUGUCUACCGUAUGGAAGUUUCUGCUCUUCGCGUUAGACAACACUAUCGUCGCAACCAUUCAACUCUCGAUUAUCGGAGUCAGCUUCGUGCUCCGCCAGGUGGUUAUUCUGCCCAUUGGCAAGGCGUUCGGCAUGUUCAGCAUGAAGAUCUUGUUCGUCGUCAGUCUGAUUCUCUUCGAGGUCGGAAGCGCAGUUUGUGGCGCCACACCCAACAUGAAUGCUAUCAUCCUCGGCCGUGUCAUUGCCGGUAUUGGUGGCGCCGGUAUUUACGUGGGAGGGCUCACCUACAUCAGCGUUCUCACCACGUCAAACGAGCGCCCGCUCUACCUCGCCAUUUGCAUGUCAGUAUGGGGCUUUGGCAAUGUCUUGGGGCCCAUUCUCCCGAUCGCCGCUCUGUUUGCCCCCGCUUUCCUCUUUAGCCUUCCGAAUAUCAAUGCGAUGCCGGACACCCCAUUCAAGGAAAAGAUGCGAAAGCAGGACUGGGUUGGCAUCGUAAUAUUCACCGCCUUCUUGGCCUGCUUCAGCAUGGCUGGCAGCUUUGGCGGCACGCAUUACGCCUGGAAUAGCGGCUCCGAGAUUGCCCUCUGGGUUAUGACGCUGGUCCUGUUCAUCGCCUUCGUCCUCGUCACCAUCUACCAUCCAUUUGUCCCCGGAGACUUGAGGCUCCUGCCGGUGCACGUCAUGCGUACCAAGGACCUGAUCUUGGUGCCUCUACAGGCCUUUCUCGUUGCCGGCAGUAUGAUGAUGUCCAUCUAUUACACGCCGCUCAUCUUCCAGUUUACUCGAGGCGACACCCCGCUGAUGGCCGGCGUGCGUAUUCUGCCGCUCAUCUGCAUGAUCGUCUUUGGCUCAACGAUUACCCCCUCUAUCUCCAAUUCGGCCCUGUACGGAUACACGGUGCUCCUGGGACUGGGUAUUGGCGCCUUCCAAAGCGCUGGCGUCGGCGUCGCGUCUGCCGUCGCUCCCCCACCCGAGGUCAGCAACGUGGUGUCGGUCAUGACAGUUGUCCAAGUACUCGGGAUCACCCUCACCCUGUCCGUCUCGGGGUCUGUUUUCACCAAUAGGGCUAUCUUGAGGAUUACCUCGGCACUCCCCAAGAUCCCGAGAAGCGAAGCGACCGCAGUCGGAUUCAUCACCUCGCUGUUCCUGAGCCGAAGGAACCUGUUCGUCUCUGCUGGCACAGCGGCCGUGUAA